CUUUUGAUCCCACGGGGACUUGGAGCCUUUACAUUCCAGUCAUUCCAGCCGCAGCGAACAAUCGGCCCUCAGUUAUUUAUUCGUGAAGCUCGCAGCUUCGGUCUGCUCAGUCUGCUUCCACCCGUCGGCGCGCACACACGUUCAUGGAGGAAACCAGGGGCGAGGAAGUCGAGAAACUUGUGCUGAAUUGAAUACUAUUGAGAUUACGCCGGCGUUAACGGUUUCGUGUGUGAUGAGACGGUAAUUUGAUUUCUGAUUGGUGAACUGCCCAAACUGCCAUCUAUAGGCUGCUUUGUUUCUUUUUUUAAAUAUUCAACUAAUUGAAAUGAGAACCGCUGAAGACUCAUCUGGAACGGUCCUGCACCGACUCAUUCAAGAGCAACUCCGCUACGGGAAUCUGACAGACACUCGCACUCUUCUUGCCAUCCAGCAGCAGGCCCUGCGUGGAGGCAGCAGCCCUCGUUCCUCUCUGGAGAGCCUGACUCAGGACGAGUCCCAGUACAUCCAGAUGUCAAAACGGCAAGAGCCUCAAGGCCAGGAGCACCACGGGGACUGCAUGCAACCUGAGACCCAGGGGUGCCAACUGUACCAGCUCCAUGAAGAGGAACUGCCCACUUAUGAGGAAGCCAAGGUCCACUCACAGUACCUGAUCUCUCAGCAGGUGCAGGCAGAGCAGAAAGGGCCCAGCAUGGAUAUAAUGGGGAGUCGCAGUGAGGGACAGUGGGAUCUGAAGAGGGAGCACGCUCGCUCCCUCAGCGAGAGGCUACUGCAGCUUUCUCUGGAGAGAAACGGACUGAGACACAGCCUGGCCAUGAGCUCUUCACACAGCUAUCCACAACUGUAUAAUAAUAAUGUCACAAACUCUGCGGCACCUAACAGACAAGAGGGCCAGCAGUGUGUGGACCAGCGUGGGCCACCCCCGGACUAUCCUAUCUUUGCCAAACCCCCUGGAUAUAUGGUCAGCCACUCACAGGAACACGGACAGUACUGCAGAGACCCUCCUCCCCCCUUCUACUCACAACAUCACAGCAGGUAUGUGUCUCCUCAGCCCUAUGUGGCUCAGAACAACAUCACCACAGCUUCUAGCAGUAAUUCAGCUCAGGCCGACGUGUUGGUGCGGGAGAACGAGCGGCUAAGGAAAGAGCUGGAAGUCUACGUUGCGAAGGCUGCCAGACUGCAGAAGUUGGAGUUGGAGAUUCAGAGGAUAUCCGAAGCUUAUGAGACUCUGAUGAAAGGCUCUGCCAAGCGCGAAACUCUAGAGAAAACAAUGAGGAACAAACUAGAGGCUGAGAUUAAGAGGAUGCACGACUUCAACAGAGACCUGAGAGAACAACUUGACACGGCUACCAAACAACGGGCAGCAAAGGAGGCCGAGUGUACAGACCAGAGACAGAAUGUCUUUGUUAAACUGCUGGAGCAAAAUGAGGAGCAGCAGCGGGAACGUGAACAACUGGAAAGGCAGAUACAGCAUCUGCGCAUCUCUGGGGAGGAGUGUCAGCGGAGACGGGAGCUACUUGAACAGGCUUUGGCCUCAAUGCAGGCCCGCAACCGGCAGCAGGAGGAAGAGCUGCAGAGGAAGAGAGCCUACGUGGAGAAAGUGGAGCGGCUGCAGAGCGCACUGGCUCAGCUGCAGGCGGCCUGCGAGAAGAGGGAGACGCUUGAGCUGCGCCUGCGCACGCGGCUGGAACAGGAACUGAAAAGCCUCAGAGCCCAACAGUCUCAGAACCAGGCAGCUGAUCCCUCAGCUUCAGAACUGAGCUCCUCCACAUUGCAGCAGCAGUUGAGGGAGAAAGAGGAGUGUAUUCUGGCCCUGGAGGCAGACAUCACAAAGUGGGAGCAAAAGUACCUGGAGGAGAGCACCAUGAGGCAGUUUGCAAUGGAUGCAGCUGCCACUGCUGCGGCACAGAGAGACACAACCAUCAUCAAACAUUCACCUCGACAUUCACCAAACAGCAGCUUUAAUGAAGACCUGCCUCUGUCGAGUCACAGACAUCAGGAGAUGGAGAACAGGAUCCGUGUGCUUCAUGCUCAGCUCCUGGAGAAGGAUGCUGUGAUCAAAGUCCUCCAGCAGCGCUCCAGAUGGGAGCAGGGCAAGCUGGAGAAACAGGGGCUUCGUCUCGCGAGAUCCGUCCCUUCUAUCAACACUGUGUCCAGCAGCACAAAGAGUCAAGGAAAGAGCCUCUCAGAUGACCAGACAGGUGCUGCUGCUGCUGCGCUGCAGCCCCGACCCCUCAUGGUGCCCAGGGGCCCGAGCCAAGACUGCAGCACCCAAAGUGAUGCAGCUUCACUAGAGCCUGAGCCCACAGCGGAGACCAGCAAGAUAAAGACAUCUGAGACAAUGUCAGCAGCUGCCACUGACACUUCAGAAGAGCCAAAGGCACCGCUCAAGUCAUUCAAGAGCAUCGGUAGCUCAGACGCGGAGGUGGUUGAAAUCCUCAUUUGAGAGCUCGCUGCUGCUGAUAUGACUGAACAGAGACAGCCAAUGAUGACAGAGACUUUUGGCUGAGGUGUUGAAAGCCUCCCUCGACGUCCGACCACAAGUCUGCCGUCAGUUUAAAUGGACGAGCAGGGUGGACAGUGUGGCACAGGCUGGAGAGGAGAGCUGGGUUUUUCUUCUACUGCACGAUUGACAGUUGCCUCAUGAGUCAGAUGUCUUCAGGGUACCUGGACAGUAUUGUGCAUUAUGAAAGGAACUGGGCUGCUGAUUGUGUACAUACAUGUGUUGUGCAUGUUACUUUUUUAGUUAUGUGUUGUAUUUAUAUAUGUAAAUGCUGCUCAUGUUGUGAUCUUACUUUUAUGUUUGAGACGUGAGAAGAACAAGGAUCACUUAAAUUAUAUACAUAUACAAUUCAAACAUAUUCACUUUUCUGGAUUAAGUGUGCAACACAUGUUGGAUGCUAUUUGGUUUAUUUUUGAAUUUCCAGUAGCAAGUCUAUUACCAUCCUCCAAUAUUUAUGAAAUGACUCCGUAUAAGCAUCCUCUAUUUUCAUGGCGUGUCUGAGGAUUAUUCUGUUUAACAGAACCACUCAAACCUAAAUUAGCAGUUGCUCGUCUCUUUAAAAUACAUUCGGGGCCGUGCUCACAGCUCAGCAGAGGAUUUGGAAACUUCCUUUGAAUGCAGAGCCUUCAGAAUGCCCUGCUCAUUUCUCUCUUAAAAAAGCCUGCGAGGACUGACAGUGUUUCACGGGGGUCUAAUUUUCCAGAUCCCAGGUUAAUGUUUGGGGCCUCACAUGGCGACUGCCCAGCAUUUCGCUCCCCUCCGCUGACACACUGGAGCUAAUCUUCUCACAUUCCCUUGCUGAGGGAAUGCUCCCGUUAAAGAAAAAGGCUAUCUAAAGUCUGACCCCUCGCCCUUGUAAAAAUGGCAGGCAUUCUCCGCAUGAUUCCUUUUCUGGGGCUGGUUAUUUCUUCUGUGCCAUGGUAGCUGGUUCUAACAUGAGCAUAGAAAUGGUCAACUAAAAUUGGCCUGCAUUUGCUACUCUAUUUGUUGUCCCCGUCAAUGUGUUAUAUUCAGACGUGUUUUCUCCAUUGCUCAAGUAUCUCACAUUUCUGAGUGGACUAUGUCCUUAACAUGUAAUCUUCUAUUUAUUUCUCCCUGCAGAGCAUAGGAUCGCUGAACACUGUUGAAUGUAGACUUCUGUUUUCCAAGACUGUUUUGUAUUUAACUGGAAUGCGCCACAAUUCAGAUUUGUUCUGCUCUUUAGAGGGGAAUACUGUUAAAAAUUCAACAUCGGUGUAUCUGUGAAAAAGCUACUACAUCGUGCUCUUGUUUUGACUUGUUAGUACUGAAGUUACUUUGUUGGGAGACACAAAAUGCGUCGGGUUCCAUCUUGGCGACGUUCUCAACAGGAGUAUUGUUUGAAGCGCCACAAAUAGCCUGUGAAAUGUCACAUUAGACUGGUAUUCCCCAAGCUUUUUAUCAUAUGUCCCGUCACAAUGCGUUUGCUGGUCAAUGCAGUGUGUCACUUUGAAUUAAUGCCCUUCACUUUAUUUGGAAUGUGUUUACAUGAAUGGCUGUUUGAAGUGAGAGAAGUUAAUAUAUUUUGUAGUUUGUUUGUUUGUUUUUCCUUUUAUAUACUUUGUUUUGUUUUUUUGGUGCCAAAGAUGAACUCAUAACACUCAUAAGUUAUAACCAACGUCAAAUACAAAAGGUUCUGUUAAGGUGCCUUGCUUAAGCUGGUUGACCCAUUUUGAUGUUGCUGUGAACUUUUGUAAAGGAAACGUUUGUAUGUAUGCCUUAACAUUUCACUAGAUUAAAAUUCUUAAUAUAUGUCUGAUAAA